AUGAUUGCUUUAUGUGAGUGGAAUAAAGCUUCCAUUAGGAAGAUGUUGUGGGACUUGAAUGCGAAGAAAGACAAGAUAUGGAUUACUUGGAUACAUCACUAUUAUAUGAAGGGAGCAGAUUGCAAUACCUACCAGCCUCCUAAUUAUGCUUUAUGUAUUUUGAAAGCCAUCUUUAAAGAUAAGGUAGCUAUGAUGAACUCUGUUGCCAGGCUGGAUUUUCUUAAUAAGGGGUGGUAUAGUACUAGAGAUGUGUAUAAUAUGCUUAGGGGGGAUAAGCCUAAAGUUAGUUGGAGAAGACUAAUUUUGGGGAAUCUUGCACGCCCUAGGGCCAUUUUUGUAGUCUGGAUGGCCUCCCUGAGGAGAUUGCCUACCAAGGAUAGGCUUAAUAGAUUUGGGAUUCAAACUGAUGGUGUUUGCGUCUACUAUGGCAAGCAAGAAAACUUUCAACACCUUUCUUUUGAGUGUGAGUUUGUGAAGCAUAUUUGA